CUGGCUCUGUGACGCAUCCACCAUGGUCCCCGUUAUCAGAGGGCCAUUGGGGUGGGGCAGCUCCAUUUGCUUAAGGCUUAGUCGUGAGGGCCCAGCCCCCAUUACGUCAAACCUGGCCCAUAUAAGAUGCGGGGUCCCCAGCCGUGGUCCGCAUCAGCCACCCGGCCCGACAUGGCUCAGCUGCCCCACAGCCUCUGUUCCGCGUUUGGCUUCCAGUGCUGCCUCGUCUUCCUUCUGGCUUCUUGGGCAGCAGGUGCUCCAUCUCAAGGACUUCAGAGAACUAGAGAAUCUCCAACAUCUCCUCACUUACCUGCCUUCACCCCAGGCCUUAUCCACACUGCUCCCCCUGACCACACUGCCCUGCCUUCCAAACACAAGCCUUCAGAUCCCCCCAAAUCUACUGAAAUCCAGAGAUCGAAGCCCCGCUGUACCACCACACGCAGCCCCAGGCCCACUCCCAAGCCUACAGAUAGUUCCAGAAGCACAGACAAGGAAAGCUCCGCAGCUCAGCACACAACGUCCCCCCCUUCUACACAGAACACCAGCAGCCACCAAAAGGAGUCAGUUAUCCAGCAACAGCCCUCUAAUCUGGACUUCACUAACAAACACAAAAGAUCACCUACACAACAGCCCACCUCAGCACCCAAGAGGAAAACGACUUGUAAAUCCAUAACAAGGAAAACAGGAAAGACAACUACAACUGCCAGACCUGUGGAAAAGACGGCCACGAGUUUAAACAAUACAACCAUCACCUCACACAAGACUAUGACUUGUAAAUCCAUAACAAGAAAGACAACUACAACUGCCAGACCUGUGGAAAAGACGGCCACGAGUUUAAAUAAUACAAUCAUCACCUCACACAAGACUACGAUUGCUUCCCACAGCUCCAUCAGUUCAGAGAUCAAUAGAAAGACCACAUUUCCCCCAGAAAAAACCACACAAGCCACUGUGACAUCAAAGAAAACUACAGAAAACCCAGAACAGUCAGAUGGAACUGAAGGGAAUAGGACUACAGUUGUCCCAGAGAACCCCCUCCCAAGGACUACAAAAGACAUAACAGAGACAGCAGUCAGUGAGACCAUGGGAGUCCACACAACAUCGCUGGGACAUGGAGGAAAGACUGUAUCUGCCCACGAGCCCACAGGGGCCCACACCACAGCUGCACAACAUGAAGGGGAGACCGUGUCAGCCCACGAGCCCACAGGGGCCCACACCACAGCUCCACAACAUGAAGAGGAGACCGUGUCAGCCCACGAGCCCACAGGGGCCCACACCACAGCUUCACAACAUGAAGGGGAGACCGUGUCAGCCCACGAGCCCACAGGGGCCCACACCACAGCUGCACAACAUGAAGAGGAGACCGUGUCAGCCCACGAGCCCACAGGGGCCCACACCACAGCUUCACAACAUGAAGAGGAGACCGUGUCAGCCCACGAGCCCACAGGGGCCCACACCACAGCUUCACAACAUGAAGGAGAGACCGUGUCAGCCCACGAGCCCACAGGGGCCCACACCACAGCUCCACAACAUGAAGAGGAGACCGUGUCAGCCCACGAGCCCACAGGGGCCCACACCACAGCUUCACAACAUGAAGGAGAGACCGUGUCAGCCCACGAGCCCACAGGGGCCCACACCACAGCUGCACAACAUGAAGAGGAGACCGUGUCAGCCCACGAGCCCACAGGGGCCCACACCACAGCUUCACAACAUGAAGGGGAGACCGUGUCAGCCCACGAGCCCACAGGGGCCCACACCACAGCUGCACAACAUGAAGAGGAGACCGUGUCAGCCCACGAGCCCACAGGGGCCCACACCACAGCUGCACAACAUGAAGGGGAGACCGUGUCAGCCCACGAGCCCACAGGGGCCCACACCACAGCUCCACAACAUGAAGGGGAGACCGUGUCUGCCCACGAGCCCACAAGGGCCCACACCACAGCUCCACAACAUGAAGGGGAGACCGUGUCUGCCCACGAGUCCACAGGGGCCCACACCACAGCUCCACAACAUGAAGGGGAGACCGUGUCUGCCCACGAGCCCACAAGGGCCCACACCACAGCUCCACAACAUGAAGGGGAGACCGUGUCAGCCCACGAGCCCACAGGGGCCCACACCACAGCUUCACAACAUGAAGAGGAGACCGUGUCAGCCCACGAGCCCACAGGGGCCCACACCACAGCUUCACAACAUGAAGGAGAGACCGUGUCAGCCCACGAGCCCACAGGGGCCCACACCACAGCUGCACAACAUGAAGAGGAGACCGUGUCAGCCCACGAGCCCACAGGGGCCCACACCACAGCUUCACAACAUGAAGGAGAGACCGUGUCAGCCCACGAGCCCACAAGGGCCCACACCACAACUUCACAAAGUAAAGAAGAGACCGUGUCAGCCCACGAGCCCACAAGGGCCCACACCACAACUUCACAAAGUGAAGAAGAGACCGUGUCAGCCCAUGAGCCCACAGGGGCCCACACCACAGCUGCACAACAUGAAGGGGAGACCGUGUCAGCCCACGAGCCCACAGGGGCCCACACCACAACUUCACAAAGUGAAGAAGAGACCGUGUCAGCCCAGGAGCCCACAGGGGCCCACACCACAGCUGCACAACAUGAAGAGGAGACCGUGUCAGCCCACGAGCCCACAGGGGCCCACACCACAGCUGCACAACAUGAAGAGGAGACCGUGUCAGCCCACGGGCCCACAGGGGCUCACACCACAGCUCCACAACAUAAAGGGGAGACCGUAUCUGCCCACGAGCCCACAGGGGCCCACACCACAGCUGCACAACAUGAAGAGGAGACUGUGUCAGCCCACGAGCCCACAAGGGCCCACACCACAACUUCACAAAGUGAAGAAGAGACCAUGUCAGCCCACGAGCCCACAAGGGCCCACACCACAACUUCACAAAGUGAAGAAGAGACCGUGUCAGCCCACGGGCCCACAGGGGCUCACACCACAGCUCCACAACAUGAAGGGGAGACCGUGUCUGCCCACGAGCCCACAAGGGCCCACACCACAGCUCCACAACAUGAAGGGGAGACCGUGUCAGCCCACGAGCCCACAGGGGCCCACACCACAGCUGCACAACAUGAAGGGGAGACCGUGUCAGCCCACGAGCCCACAGGGGCCCACACCACAGCUGCACAACAUGAAGGGGAGACCGUGUCAGCCCACGAGCCCACAGGGGCCCACACCACAGCUUCACAACAUGAAGGGGAGACCGUGUCAGCCCACGAGCCCACAUGGGCCCACACCACAGCUGCACAACAUGAAGCGGAGACCGUGUCAGCCCAUGAGCCCACAGGGGCCCACACCACUGCUCCACAACAUGAAGGGGAGACCGUGUCUGCCCACGAGCCCACAGAGGUCCACACCACAGCUCCACAACCUGAAGGGGAGACCGUGUCAGCCCACAAGCCCACAGGGGCACAUACCACAGCUCCACAACGUGAAGAAGAGACCGUGUCUGCCCACGAGCCCACAGGGGCCCACACCACAGCACCAGAACAUGGUGGAAAGACCACACUGACCCAGGAGACCACAGCAACCCAAACAACGCCUCCAGAUCAUGGAGAAAGGACUACAUCAGGCCACAAGACAACACAAAUCUUAUCAAAGGCCACAGAACACCCAGAAGAUGCCACAUCAACCCCAGAGAAAACCACAAUAGUUUCCAAAACUCCCAUAGUAUAUCCAAAGACCACACUGACCACUGAGACCACAGAAAUCCUCAUCAAAUCUACCAAAACCCCAGAAAAAACAUCAGCAGCAAUCACAGAGACAGCAAGGCACACAGCCAAGACCACAGGAGGCAAACAGAUCUCUGUCACCUCUCCUUACUUAAAGGGAACCAAGGUCACCCAUCAAGCUUCUGUUGGUCCUUUGACUAUAUCUGGAAUGGACCGGAAUCAUACCACAUCAGAAGCCCCAGGCAACCAGAGUCCUCCUCAGUACAAUGACAGCGCCUCACAGUUGGGCACUCAGACUGGGGAGCCGGAGGGAUCAGGCUCCUUCCCCGCCUGGGCCAUAGUGAUUGUGGUCCUGCUGGCCCUGAUUCUCCUGUUGCUGUUCAUUGGUCUGAUCCUGGUCUUCUGCCUGACCCCACGGCGCCGUGCGCUGACCCACAGUCCCGAGGACAGCGGCCUCCAGGACGAGGAGGGCCCCAAUUCCUACCCGGUCUACCUGAUGGAGCAGCAGAAUUUGGGCUGGGGACAGCUCCCUUCCCCACAGUGAUCUUCCAGGAGGUGCCCAGCCCAGCCCUCCAGACUCAGCCUUCCCGGAUGGGGCAUUAGACCCGCAGUCCCCGUUCCUGGACAUGGCAACAUGGCGCGGUGUUAGCCCAGCGUCAGCCUGGCUCUUAGCUGAGGAACCAGUGGAAGAUGAGAGAUCACUGAGAAGGAUGCGAGUUUCGGAGAAACAGAAGGAAUAAAGAACACACACAAAUGUGCACCCCAGUGAGAGAGAAGCCAAUGCACGGCGGGCGGGCGGGUGAGGCCUCCAAGUGCAGGCUGAGCUGAGAAGUGGAGAGAAUGCAGACAGGGCUCCCUGGCUCUGGGGCUUUUGUCUUCCAGAGCUUAAGACUUGUCUCUGGGUGCCCAGGAUCCUCGCCUUUCCUUCUUUAAUGAAACCAAGCCAAGCCCGGUCUAAGCAGGAUCGAGGCAGAAAAGAGGAUUCCCGGUGCGUCUGCUGUUCCCUGGAGGAAGGGGAUCCCGGACGAUCAGUACCCGUCCUCAGGGGUCCUCGCUCCCACGUCCCCAGCUCUCCGAGUGUCAGGCUGGGUUCCCUGCUGGCUCUGAGCAGCGACGUCUCCCCAGCCAGCCCUUGUGGUCCCAGGCCUCCCGAUGACGGUGGCCCACACUCAUGGUGCUGUUCCCGAAGCCAGGCCACGUGUCUUUUCCAGUCUUCCUGCUCCCCGUACCUUCGCCCCAGGCUCCAGGUCCCCACGUCCCCUCUGCCCGUGCUGUUCAGGUUUCCUAGGCGGCGCCCUGGCCCCUGUGACCCAACAAGUGGAGAGGAAAGGACUGAACAUGUCCUUCUGUUGGAUUUUUUAAAAAUAAAGUGCAUCUUAU